GCUGCGGAAGACUUCUCUUGCGGAAAUGGGGCCCUGAGUCUAAUCUUAUCUCUAUAAAUGAGGAAUCAGAUCUUCACUUUGGAGACACUCACUUAGAUCUUCUUGAGCUGUGUUACGAGAUGGCAAUGGUGUUAGAGUUUUCCGUAAAAAUGUUCCUCCAAAAGAUAACCAACUUCGCGGAGAGAGAGAUAUGCAAAGUGCUAUGCGUGGGGGCGGAGGUCAAAACUCUGGAGAGAAGGUUGACGAGGAUCAAAGGCUUUCUUCGCACUGCAGAGCAAAGAAGGCAUGUAGAUCCGGACAUGGACACCUGGGUGAGGGAGUUGAAGGAUGUCAUGUACGACGCCGACGAUAUCAUCGAUCUUUGCAUCUUCGAAGGUGGCAGCUUGCUGAAGGUAAGCAAUCCUCCUUUCUUUAGACCUAUCAAACACCGCUAUGAAAUCAGUGGUAGAAUAAAAAGACUUAAUGAUAGACUGAAAGAGAUCACGGGAGAUAGAUCUAUAAUACCUGAUGGAGAGAUCGUCGAAAAAGCCCUCCCACUUCACCCAGUAAGAUCUCGUGAGACAUCUUCCAUAGAGGUUAAGGCAGGCAUCAUAGGAACCCAAAUCGAAGGCGCUGCCCAAAAUCUGAUCAACUCCAUAGUGGAGAUCAGUGAGAAGCCAAAGUGUGUUGUUUUUGGGAUUGUCGGGAUGGGUGGGAUUGGGAAGACCACUCUAGCGCGUAAAGUAUUCAAUGAUGAAAGGAUCAUACAAAACUAUCCGAUUCGAGUGUGGUUGUGUGUAACGAAGAACUAUUCAGAGACUGAUUUGCUCAAAGAAAUGAUUAGAAGCGUAGGAGGAAAUGUUGAAGGAGCUGAGAGUAGAGCGGAACUUGAACCUAAACUUGUUUCCCUCCUAUCGAGAAAUUUGCUUCUGGUAUUAGACGAUGUAUGGAGUGCAGACGUAUGGGAAGAUUUACUCAAGAACCCUUUGAUGCUGGGAGCAACCAGUAAUUGCAGGAUCGUAGUUACCACUAGAAACGAAAACGUGGCAAGAAAUAUGGGAGACAAUGUUCAUCAUGUUGAGAAAAUGGAUGAAGAGUGUGGCUGGGAAUUGCUGUGGAAGACGGUUUGGGAUAAUAGAGAGAAGGGCGAUAUUUCUAGAUUCAAGGAAAUUGGUACUAAAAUGGUUCAAAAAUGUGAUGGACUUCCUCUCGCAAUCAAGGUUCUUGCGGGGGUUUUAAGAUCCAGGAGAAGUACGAUGGAGUGGGAAAGGGUUCUCAGAAGUGAUCUAUGGAGGAUGAAGAAGCUCGAUGAGAAAGUACCGGGGGUUUUGUACUUGAGUUAUGAAGAUUUACCUUCUCAUCUUAAGCAGUGCUUUCUGCAUUGCUCUUUGUUUCCCGACAAGGCUGAUAUGUACCGUAAGGAUCUUAUCCGGCUUUGGGUGGCUGAAGGUGUCACAGAGGUGAACGGAGAUCUAACGAUGGAAGAGAAAGCCGAGGGUUAUUACGAGGACCUGAUCUGGCGAAACCUACUGCAGGUGGAUCGUACAUUUGUAGACGGCAGCAGAUGCACUAUGCAUGAUCUUUUGAGAUAUCUUGCUCAGUCCUUGAUCCAAGGAGAGGGCGUCUAUGUCAGUGAUCUCCAAUCAUUGAAUACGGACUCAUUAACUAAGCUUCGUCGAUUGUCAACGUCAAACAUUGGGGAGAGAAUACAGCUCCCCGACAGAAUCGUUGAAGAGAAGUGUUUAAGAUCUUUGCUCAUCUUUGAUAGCCCUCGUGCCCGUACAAUUGGAGAUGAUCUGUUUAAAAAGCUAAGGAACCUGAGAGUCCUGCUUCUGAACGACACAUCCAUCGAGAGUCUUCCCAAGUCCAUCGGAGAACUAUCACAUCUUAGGCACUUGGAUCUUGAUCGAACAAAGAUACGGGAGAUCCCCGAGUCCGUGGGGGGCCUUGGGAAUCUGCAAACUUUGAGCGUCUCGGGCUGCAAAUCCAUGAGGAAACUUCCGAAGACCAUCACGAAGCUGUACAAUCUGCAAUGUCUUCGAUUGCAGGACACUCCAUUAACAUCCUUGCCAAAGGGAAUGGGGUCACUCACAAAUCUCAGCGAGCUUGACGCGUUCAUCGUCAGCGAUGAUGGUGACUUGAAGGAGCUGCAACCUUUGUCCAAGCUGAGGUCUCUGAGCAUAUACAGGUUGGAUAGGGCAAUAACAAAUGGAGGUUCGGUGCUGGAGGACAAACCUUUUCUUAGACAACUAUAUCUCUUCUGGGAGAGUACAGAUGAAGAAAAAUAUUCUGGUUCAUCAAGACUGCAGGAUCCUUCUACUGCUGAGAAGAUUUGCAGUCAACUCUGUCCCCCAUCAAACCUGCAGUAUCUUUUUAUCAAAUGCUAUUCUGGUCUCCGUUUUCCGGGAUGGUUCCCGUCAACUUCUCUGGACACUGCUUUCCCCUGUCUGUCAUACUUGAGCCUGCAUGAUCUUCCAUCGUGCUGCGAGCUUCCUCCACUGGGCCUGCUUCCGGAGCUAAAGUUCCUAUCCAUUAAUGGGGCAAAUGCAAUCAUAACCAUUGGUGCUGAAUUCCUCGACGAUCGCCGGAGUUUACAGGGAUUUCGGGCAUUUCCUAAGCUUGAGGUAAUGCAAUUCUUCAACAUGCCCAACUGGACAAAAUGGUUGACAUCAGAGCAAGAGAAAACCACGUCUUCAUUUGUUCCACGUGCUGAAUUCCGUCUUGCGAGAAUCAAGCCUCGAAUGCGAACGGCUGCAUCCAGUUCAGCGUCAGUCGGCCGAGCAAAACCAAACUCACGUCCAGGUCCGAGGCAGCCACGAUCUGAGCUAGAUCUGGUCGGGAGUCGAGACAUUCAUUUUACCAACUCCGACCUGUCACGUCAUCAAAAUCCUGUCAGCCUUCCGACAAGCGAGUCCCCCGCUGAUGAUAGCAGACGCAGCAGCCAUCGUAAGCUUCUCCCUAAUCUGAAGGAGCUCUGGCUCGUCGACUGUCCCAAGCUGGGAGCUCUUCCGGGAGGCCUUUGCCCGACCAACUUGAAAUUACUCUACAAGGAGCGCACUCACAGCAUCGUAGAAAUCAAGAACCUCGACUUUUUGACUGACAACCUCACUCUCAAGCAUAACCACAGCUUGCGGCGUAUAUCAAAUCUCCCCUCGCUGAAGCAUCUGCAAUUGGAUGACUGCCCGAGCUUGGAGUACGUGGGAGAUCUGGCUGGCCUGCAACACCUGGAAUUGUCUUGUCCACCACCAGCGGAGUGCCUGCCGCCAUGGCUGUCGGAUCUCGUGGAGCAGCAGCAAAGUUUCAGAAAGCUUGAGCUGCAGUGCAGCUUGCCAUUGUUGAAGAGGUGUCUCAAGGGCGAGGUCAACUGGGAGAUCAUCAGCCAGAUACCGGAGGUCAGGAUUCGGGCCACCGAUGCCAACGAGUUCAUUUGGUAUAACAAGGAUCCAUACAUGUACGACACCAACGUAGGUUCAGCAUGAGCAGAGUUGGCGUCUCUGUAAGUCCUGUUCUUCUUCUCAUUCCGGUUGCCUUGCGUGCGUUUUUUGGUUCACACGUACGCCAACUUCUUCUUUCUUCCAGGAUUACUCGGAAGUCUUGUGCUUGGUCUAUCGGACAAACACAGGCUUAGAACAAGUAGAUUAGCCGUCGUCGUCGUCUGUGUAAGGAUCGAUCAGAAGUCUCUUUGAUUGGUGUUCACUUCCCUUACCAUUUGUGUUUGAAGCAAUUUGGCAGUUUGAAAGCGAUGUGCUUUUUCUUCUUUUUCCUUUUAACUUAAACGUGUGCUUGGAUCAUAAUUUCUAUUUGCUUUCAUUGUAAGAAAAAGAAAAGCUAUUAUCUACGAAGACAUCUCUUUGUAUCACUUUGUACUAACUGAAGUUUUCAUCUUCUUCUUGCUUCU